UUUAAGCCCAAUUAAAAUUCCCCCGCAGAUACGCAGACAGAACACGCGUGUUGAAUUCGAUCGUGGCGGAAGGUCCACACCGCACCACACUCAGUUGACUUGACUGACCGAAUCGCAUCGCUCUCACUCAACACUACUAAACCUAAUAGCUUUUGAAUGAUCGUAAUUUUGAUCUCCGAUCGAGAUUGAGAUCGAGAUUUUAGCCUCGAAUUGAAUCGAAUGGCGAAAUGGAGCUGCGAUUAUCGAUACUUACUCAUCGUCGCCGCUCUCGCCUUCUUUUACAUCCAGAUGCGUCUUUUUGCCACACAAUCUCAUUAUGCAGAGCAAAUUGCUGCAGCGCACUUGUUAUUGAACAGGUUGAAGCUGAAAGCCACUGUGCAAGCCAGACGAGGUUACUGAUUGAUCAGAUAAGUGCGCAAAAAGGAGAAAUUGUCUUCCUACAAGAACAAAAGAAACAUCAAGACGAGAAGUGCAGACAGUUGAGUGCUCUUGUGCAGCAUUUAGAGAGUAAAGGGGUCAAGCAGAUGAUAAGUAAAGUGCAGGUUCCAGUUGCAGCAGUUGUGGUUAUGGCAUGUAAUCGCGCUGAUUAUUUGGAGAGGACUAUAAAAUCUAUUCUGAAAUACCAAGAGCCUGUUGCAUCAAAGUAUCCUCUUUUUGUAUCCCAGGAUGGAACCAAUUCUGACGUUAAAAAUCUGGCUUUAAGUUAUCACCAGUUGACCUAUAUGCAGCACCUGGAUUUUGAACGUGUGCGUACUGAGCGUCCUGGAGAAAUAAUAGCAUACUACAAGAUUGCACGUCAUUACAAGUGGGCAUUGGAUAAAUUGUUUAUUGAGCACAAUUUUAGCCGGGUUAUUAUACUUGAAGAUGAUAUGGAAAUUGCUCCGGAUUUUUUCGAUUAUUUUGAAGCUGGAGCAGCACUCCUUGAUAGUGAUAAAUCCCUCUUAGCUAUAUCCUCAUGGAAUGACAAUGGACAAAAGCAGUUUGUGCAUGACCCUUAUACACUUUACCGCUCAGAUUUUUUUCCUGGUCUUGGAUGGAUGCUUACAAAAUCAACAUGGGAUGAACUAUCUCCGAAGUGGCCAAAGGCUUAUUGGGAUGAUUGGUUGAGACUGAAAGAGAAUCAUAAAGGACGGCAAUUUAUUCGCCCAGAAGUGUGCAGAACAUACAACUUCGGUGAGCAUGGUUCAAGCUUGGGUCAGUUUUUCAAUAGAUAUCUUAGGCCCAUCAAGCUGAAUGAUGUCCAGGUUGAUUGGAAGUCGAUGAAUUUGAGCUACCUUAUUGAGGACAACUACGUCCAGCACUUUGGUGACCUGGUAAAAAGUGCAAAGCCUGUCAGGGGAGCUGAUCCUGUUCUUGAAGCGUAUAACAUAGAUGGUGAUGUGAGGAUUCAGUACCGAGACCAAGAAGAUUUUGAACGCAUAGCAGCUAAGUUUGGCAUUUUUGAAGAAUGGAAGGAUGGCAUACCAAGGGCAGCAUAUAAAGGGAUCGUAACUUUUCGGUACCAAACCCCACGACGAGUAUUUCUAGUUGCUCCUAGUUCCCUUCAACAACUCGGGGUCGAAAAUGAUUUAUAGUAAUGGGGAAUAUCCAGUGAUUGAAGGUGCUUUGUAAUCUGAUGGAGCCAAAGGUUUGUUUUGCCAUUCUCUUCUUUUACGGCUUCAAGCAACAAUAGUUCCCAAUUCAGACCAGGAGUGCAAGCAUAACUGUUGUGAACAUAUGGGUGAAUCUGACAGUGAUGAUUAUGAUAGUUGUUCUAGAAUCAUCCUAGGAAACACGGGAUUGUUCGGGGCAGAUCCUCGGAUGGUAUGUGUCAAAAUGAGUUUUUUAUAAUGAACAUAAUAGCAAGUAGAGGUAUACAGUUUUGUCCCUUGAUGAGGUCAGUUUAUAAGGAACAUGUAAACUAUACAUUUUCUUAGCAUUUGACAACAGUAAGUGUAUUAAUUUAUAUUGUAACUUUCUGAUGGUAGUAAAGUGAAAAACACAGAACCUUGUCUCGCAGGAAGUUAUACUUCAUUUUUUAAUUAUUUCA